AUGUCUUUUGACAACACGUCUACAAACAGGGAAGACACAUCUACACUAGACACCAUUGUAUCAGAGACAGUUACAGCAUCGUCUAGUGACGAAAGUACGAUAAUAAUAUCUACGGGUGACACGUCUGUAGUAACAUCUGACAUAACAUCUACAGUAGACUCCAUUGAUACAGAGACAGCAGGUGCAUCAUCUAGUGAAAAAUCUACAGUGACAUCAUCGGCAGGUGACACGUCUAUAGUAACAACUGAAGAAUCAUCUAAAGUAGACUCCAGUGUUACGGAGACAGCAAGUGCAUCAUCAAGUGAAGAAGCUACAGUGACAUCAUCUGAGACAACAGCAGAAGACACAUCUAUAGUAGACGCCAGUGUUACAGAAACAGCUACUGCAUCAUCCAGUGAAGACUCAACAGUGACAUCAUCUGCAGGUGACACGUCUAUAGUAACAACUGAAGAAACAUCUACAGUAGACUCCAGUGUUACGGCGACAGCAACUGAAUCAUCUAGUGAAGUAGCUACACUGACAUCAUCAGCAACAACAGCACAAGACACAUCUACAGUAGACGCCAGUGUAACAGAGACAGCAACUGCAUCAUCCAGUGAAGACUCAACAUUGACAUCAUCAGCAGGUGACACGUCUAUAGUAACAACUGAAGAAACAUCUACAGUAGAACCCAGUGUUACGGAGACAGCUACUGCAUCAUCCAGUGACACGUCUAUAGUAACAACCGAAGAUACAUCCACAGUAGACUCCAGUGUUACGGAAACAACAACUGCAUCAUCUAGUGAAGAAGCUACAGUGAUAUCGUCUGCGACAUCAGUAGAAGACACAUCUACAGUAGACGCCAGUGUUACAGAGACAGCUACUACAUCAUCCAGUGAGGAAUCUACAGUCACAUCAUCUGCAGGUGACACAUCUGUAGGAACAACUGAAGAAACAUCUACAGUAGACUCCAUUGCUUCGGAGACUUCAAUUGCAUCAUCUAGUGAAGAAGCUACAGUGACAUUAUCUGUGACAACAGCCGAAAUCACAUCUACAGUACACGCCAGUGUUACAGAGACAGCUACAACAUCAUCCAGUGUGGAAGCUACAGUGACAUCAUCUGCAGGUGACACGUCUAUAGUAACAACCGAAGAAACAUCUACAGUAGACGCCAGUGUAACAGAGACGGCUACUGCAUCAUCCAGUGACGAAUCUACCGUGACAUCAUCUGCAGGUGACACGUCUAUAGUAACAACCGAAGAAACAUCCACUGUAGACUCCAGUGUUACGGAGACAGCAACAUCAUCAUCUAGUGAAGAAGCUACAGUGACAUCAUCUGCGACAACAGAAGAAGACACAUCUACAGUAGACUCCAGUGUUACGGAGACAACAACAGCAUCAUCUAGUGAAGAAGCUACAGUGACAUCGUCUGCGACAACAGUACAAGACAGAUCUACAACUGAUGAAACAUAUACAUUAGACUCUAGUAUUACAGAGACUAUUACUGUAUCAUUCAGUGAGGAAUCAUCUACAGUAGGACCCAGCGGAACGGGCACAUCAUCCAUUGUGGAGCCUACAGUAACACUGACCUCGUCUUCAUCAAGUAGUACUGCGUUUGCCUCGUCUACUACCCCUAGCCCAACUACCCAGGUCCCCCCUUCAGACAGAAAAGGCAAACCUCAUUAUCCUGCGAGAGAAUUCCAGAACUUCAGCUCAGACACGUGUUACGACGCCCUUGAUGACAACACAUCACCACAAAUUAAAUUCAAAUAUGAGUUCUGCAUGGGUCAAAGGUCGUACUUUGAUGCCUACGUAUGCACGAAUGGUCUGGUGUCAUUUGGGUCACGAUUCUGUGCCUUCUCCCCCGUGGCGUUCCCGUUACAGGGUCAACCUUUCAGCAGUAUCCCCAUCGUUGCUCCUUUCUGGUCCGACCUGGAUGCAAGAAACAAAUCUCGCGGGGCAAGUGUCUGCUACGCGACAUAUGACUACUAUGCUGAUUACAACACCAGCAGCACUGCACGUACUGUCAUUGACCUUUGUAGAGAUCACGUGAGGACGUACCUGAACGAUACCGACUUUCAGCCGUCGAUGGUGUUUGUAGUCACGUGGCACAGAAUGAAUCCGUACAGCCCAAAUGGAAACGUGUAUCUUAAUUCAGAGGUAGUCUUGUUCAGUUUAUCGAGUCCAUGGUAUUUUGUCAACUUUUUCACCUAA